AUGAAUAAUAAAUUGAAAAGAAAGGCAAACUAUGCCUUGGAUGACAAGCAACAAGCAGAUACAGCAGAGGAAUCUGCAUCUCUUCCUUUUGCUUCGAAGCCUCCAAGUGAUGGGGCAGAAGUUCCCGAUAUCGGAAAGGGUCGUCCAAAAUCCACCUCGGAAACCCUAGCGGAUGCAUCCACCACCAACACUACCUUCCCUACCAAGACCCAGGAUGUUCCAAGCAAGUUGACCAAAACUGUCAAAAAGCAGCGUUCCAGCACCCCAUCCUCGAGAUCAAGUAGUACUUCUUCCCGAUCCCGGUCAAAAACAUUGUCCGCCACCUCUGUCCCAGCGAUUCCUUGGCCUGAAUCUUUCACAAUUCUCUCUCAAACGCACCGGGCACUUAACCUCGUGUACACCUUCUGCUCCGCGCGAAAGCACUUUGCGACUACGUUCGAUAAUAUCAAGGCAGCCGUUGAAGCGCAGACGGGUGGGCGAAGACUAAGUGUUGAAGAUGUGGCGAGAGUCAAAGUGCUGAUCCCGCGAUCUGUGAGGUUUGAGAGUGUUGAUAGGGGAGUUAUAGAUCUUGUGGGAGUAAAAGAGGCAAAAACCACGAGGGGUGGGAAAAUGUGGCGUGAUUGGGAGGCUGAGGGGAUGGGCCAGGACAGCGAUACCAAUGAAGGUGCAGCUCAUCAUGGUGAGAAGGAGGUGUUAUUGUUCGAAUUUGUGGAUGGGGAAUUGAAGAAAGAGAUCCAGCAGCCCACUUCGCGAAAGAAAUCGAAAGAAGAAGACCUUAGAAUGCCCGUCUACAGCCAAAAGCAUAUGAUGGGCCUGAUCGAGAAACGAAAUAGGAAAUUUGCGGAUGCUGUUGAUGCGUUCCUUGUCAAGUGUAAGGGUGAGGAUAUCGAUCCCGUCGAGAAGCUGGAGGCUGAUAAAGAAAAGUUCAUGCCUGAAAUAGCCCGUAGCGGGAAGAGCACUCCUACCAUCGCUAGGCUGCCGGCACAGAUCCCUAGGGAGCGUCAAACAAUCGCAGAAAUCGUUGCCAACAUAAAGGAAAUGGAGUGGUAUACCGGUCAGAUAGUACCUGAUGGCCAUCGGGUCAUUGACUCGCAGCCAGCUGUCUACGGUAAUCUCAAGUUCGCUCUUUCACAAAGUCUGAUUAAUGCCUUGUAUAAUACGCGAGGUAUCACCCAGUUCUAUUCCCACCAGGCAGAGUCUAUCAACAACCUUCAUGACGGGCAUAAUGUCAUCGUGUCUACUUCGACAAGUUCAGGGAAGUCCCUAAUUUACCAAGUUCCAAUGCUGCAUGAGUUGGAACAGGACCCCCAGAGUCGAGGGAUGUAUAUCUUUCCGACUAAGGCGCUUGCUCAGGACCAACGACGAAGCCUGAAGGAGUUACUGGGAUAUAUCGAAGGAUUAGAACAUACCCUUGUGGAAACCUUUGAUGGAGAUACCCCUAUGGAAGAUAGAAACACGAUUCGAGACGAGGCACGGAUUAUUUUCACCAAUCCAGAUAUGUUACACAUCACUAUAUUGCCUCACGAAUCCUCUUGGCGGACUUUUCUGAAGAACUUGAAAUUCGUGGUUGUAGAUGAGUUACACGUUUAUAAUGGUCUUUUUGGCUCUCAUAUUGCGUUCGUCAUGAGACGAUUACGGAGAGUAUGUGCUGCGGUUGGAAACCGCCAUGUCAGGUUUAUAUCUUGUUCAGCCACGGUUGCAAAUCCUGAAGAACAUAUGAGAACGAUUUUUGGAAUCGAUGAUGUGAAGUUAACAGACAUUGACGGGUCACCAUCGGGUAGAAAGGAAUUUAUAUGUUGGAAUACCCCCUUUCGUGAUCCUGGUGACCCAUCUUCUGGUCGCGUUAACAGCAUCAGGGAGACUGCCUGUUUGUUCUGUCAGUUAAUUUUGAGAGGCGUACGGGUGAUUGCUUUCUGUCGAAUCCGAAAGCAGUGCGAGCUCUUGCUCAGUGCCGUCAGAGAUGAGUUCAGAAACCUCGAUCGACCAAGCGUCUCAAAAUUUGUAAUGGGAUAUCGUGGGGGCUAUAGCCCGCAAGAUAGACGAAAAAUAGAGCGAGAUAUGUUUGAAGGGAAAUUACUUGGGAUUGUGGCCACGAAUGCUCUGGAGCUGGGUGUCGAUAUCGGCUCGCUCGAUGCUGUGAUAACGCUUGGGUUUCCUUACUCAAUAUCAAAUUUACGUCAACAGAGUGGACGCGCUGGUCGCAGAAAUAAGGACUCUGUUUCUAUUCUUGUCGGUGAUUCAAAUGCCACUGACCAAUAUUACAUGCAAAACCCAGAUGAGCUUUUCACGAAACCUAACUGCGAGCUUCAGGUGGACUUGCAGAAUGAAUUAGUUCUCGAAGGUCAUGUUCAAUGUGCUGCAUUUGAAAUGCCCAUUCACCCAGAUGAAGAUAUAAAAUACUUUGGCGCACUGCUCCAGGAGUUCGCAACCACGCGGCUCAUUAAGGAUAACUUAGGAUUUUACCAUUGUCAUGAGCGAUUCCUUCCACUGCCCUCGAGAUGUGUUGCUAUUCGCGACACAACAGAUAACCAUUAUGCAGUCAUUGACACAACAAACAAUCAAAAUGCCGUUAUUGAAGAACUUGAGGAAUCUAGGGUAUUCUUCAGUAUUUAUGAAGGAGGCAUUUUCUUCCACCAAGGGAAUCCUUACUUGAUCAAAGAACUCAACAUCGACCGGCGUUUUGCCCGUGUUGUCCGCGUCCAUGUAGACUGGACGACUCGACAACGGGACUUCACGGAUGUCGACCCCAUUGAAACAGAAGCUAUCAGACGCAUUAGCAGGGAAUGCAACACCCGUGCUUUCUUCGGUGCCAUCAAAAUCCGCACUCUAGUCUACGGCUUUUUUAAACUGGACAAAAAAGGCCGAAUCCUCGACGCGGUGGCGCUUGAUAGUCAGCCAAUUGAAACCCUAAGCAAAGGUAUGUGGCUAGACAUCCCUAAAAAGGCGCUUGAGAUACUUAAAUCCAGAAAUCUCAACGCUGCCGCUUCUAUUCAUGCCGCAGAACAUGCCAUUCUAGCCCUGUUGCCAACAUACAUCAUCUCGUUACCUGGCGACGUCCGAACAGAAUGCAAAGUCGCCAUAAAGGAACUAGGUCCCAAACACAAACAAGCAAUAAGCCAUGCCCGAUCAAAAGAUGUUCCCCCACCGCCCAAGCCUGCCCGACAGCGUCCGGCCCGACUCACUUUUUACGAUGCUAAGGGGGGGUCAUCAGGCUCGGGAAUCGCCGCAAAGGCAUUUGAAUUCAUUAAUAGCCUUCUACAACGGGCACUAGGGCGUCUCGAGGCGUGCCAAUGUACUAGUCCUCAGGGCUGCAUCGAGUGUGUGUGUGAUGAACGGUGCAAAGAGUUGAAUGUUGUUAUGAGCAAAGCCGGUGCUGGCGUGGUGUUGAAGUGUUUGCUGGGGAUUGAGGUGGAUGUCGAUGCGUUACCAUGGGGUGAAGAUGUGCUAAGGGCAGCUGGUGCUGCGUCGAGGGACCAAGCGUGGUUGUCUAGUCAGGAGGGAAUAGAGUUAGCUGGGGGAUUGGAGACUAUUGUUGAGGCUGUGGAGGUUUCUGCGAGGCCGGGUGUGGUGGCUCCGGUUUAUGGGGAGGAGGAAAGUGAAGGAUGA